CGUCUCCUACUGUCGCUACUUCUGGAUCAUGGCUGUGCCAGUAUUUUCACUCAGAACUACUCUCGACCAUUCAGAACGGCUCUUCUUGUUACUGCCCCAAUCCCUUUUUUCAACCUUGCAAUUGAGCCCAAGUAAGAGAGGCUUCAGUUGACGCGACAUGCAGUUUAACGUUGUUACUGGCCUUGCCGUCCUCUUGGUCAUCCAACCGGUUUUCGCAAGAAUAUGUAUGUUCGGCGCCAUUCAAUGCACCUACAACAGUGGCCGACGCUGUGCCAAGUGGUGUCCGCAACAAAUCAAAUGUGAAUGUGCCGGAUAUAAGGAGAACUACGGCGACCUGGUGAAAGCACAAUGCAUCAGUGAAUUUACGUGGAUGGGUCGUCACAAAUGCGGCUAGAUAAGGAAAGGUACCGACCGACUAGGUACGACUGGACAUCAACAAUAAUCUCGGGUGAAUAUUUAAUAGCCAGCUAGAAGCUUUUUACAAAACUGUGAUUGCGACAUAUAUUUCAAGUAGUCACCAGGGGGCAAUCUUGUGGCAGUUUGCUAGGCCACCAUCUUGUCAGAAGCAUUCUGAUGUAGUACGCUUGUCGCAAGUGUCUAUGGAGCUUUCUUGGGCAAUUGCGACCCAUGUAGGUUAUUUCGUGUCACCCUGGGCCUUGCCCUGGUUAUAGUGGACGUUGAGACAAAGUGACGACGCCCGCCCAGGGUAUUCCACAGGCUACACAGUGACAAGCCGAAGAGGCUUUGAAACGCAGAUUCUACGGCAUGGUGCGGUAACAGCGGCGCAGUAUUAAUUUCUGCGGAUCCUCUCCAGUUGUAAGCCGUGAAGCCGGCUUAAUCAAGGAUAUUGUUUCCGCCUGGUAGUAGAGAGUUUAGGUUCUCAAGACAGUGGAUUUCAUAACCCCACGCGGGACAAUACAAGAUGUAAACAAG